CUGCGCGCGGAAGAGGAAAGUCUACUGAAACAAAUCCGACCACCGCGCUAACCAGGCAGCUAGCUAGUUGUUGGAUGUGUGAACGGGUAGAUCAUGCAUCACGUCAAGAUCAAGACUGAGAAGUCAGAUGCAGAGGGGAGUGGUGCACGCAGCCGACUAGAUGCAGUAUUACAGGGGCUGGUAGAGAAGAGUGAUAGUGAGAGGGAGCAAAAUGAAGACGAGACAAAGAUGGCAGAAGAGUCUCUGAGCAAGGAUGUGUCUCCAUCUUCUGCUGGGAAGCGACCAUCGUCACGGUUUCCACAGCACCGGAGAAAGAAACGGAAAGAGAUGGAUGAUAGCUUAACAGAGAGCAACCAACAUAAACAAAAUGCCUACAUUAUCAAGUUGUUUGACCGCAGUGUGGACCUGGCCCAGUACACCACCAGUACCCCACUUUACCCCAUUUGCCGGGCCUGGAUGAGGAACAACCCGGCAGUGAGAGAGCGAGCUGCAUCCCCAAGCCCCCCACACAGCAUGGGGGAAGAGGAGGCUGCAGACAUGCUCAAUGGUAAGGGACAGAAUGUGUAUCGCCUCCCUCCGCCCACCUCCUGUCCUCUCAACCCUUCUGGAGAUCCUGUCAAUCUGAGGAUCCCAUCCACAGAAAAGCCUAUCGUCAGCAAGUCUGUCUUUGUCACCAGUCUACAGAUACAGCUCUUGUUUCUGGUCCCCUCAUAUACAACCACAUAGAACGCUGGAAAAAGAUAAGGCAAAAAUGGAAAGAAGCGUCCAACAAGAAUCAGCUGAGGUAUAGCGAGAGCAUCAAGAUCCUGAAAGAGAUGAAGGAAAUGUACGACCGCUAGCUGGGAAUCCUCCAGGUAGUAUCCCACCGCAGAGGGAGGAGAAAAGAAUAGAGCAGGUAGGAGCUACGAGGAAGUCAUCUACCCCAGGACGCUGCCCUAGUCCUCUCCCCAAGCAGGCCAUUGCGUGUGACAAUGUAAGAGGAGCUUCGUGGAGCCCAUUUUUACCAUAUACUGCCACAUUUAAGGACCCAAAGUCCUCGUUUUGAAAGUGUAGCAAUACUUUCAGCAAGUUGAUGCUUCUGGUGGGCCCAAGUUCACCUGUGACUGGAGUAUUGGGAUUCUUAGAUAAUAAUUACAUUAAUGUUUUUUGUCAUAUUACAGAAUAUCUGGUAAUGUUGUCGAUCCCACAAUGUGUCAUGAAAAGUUUGUAAACAGGUUAAGUAGUGUACAACAUUUGUCUAAAUUCUGGGAUACUCUAAAUCAAUUCCAAUGGUUAAUAUUUGUUUUGGGAUCACCAGUUUCCCAGACAAGCAGUGUCCUCUGGAAUAUUGUUUUUGCAUAGAUGUUCAAAAGAAAAGUCUCACACACGUCUCCCUAAUUUAAAGUAAGUAAACUGUGUAAAAAAGUUAUAAAGUAUUGAGCUAUUGUAAUUUAUUUAUCGCUAUAAUAAAUCUGCCAGAGUGCUGUUUUUACAGUUGA